AUGACUAAGGUGGAGGAGAAGCUGAAGGCGGGCCGUGUGAAAAAAUCAGAGGGGAGUGGGUUCAGUGAGGAGCCCCAGAGAAGACCUUCUUCAAGUCAGUCGUCCAAGAAAGAUCCAGCUACAACCAGCUCUGGUGCUGACACCCAAUGGCAGCGAGCUAUCCACGAUCGAGGUGAAGUGGUGUGUCCCACCUGCUCCAUCGUCACCAGGAAAACAGUCCACGGCCUCAAGAAACACAUGGAGAUCUGUCAGAAGCUCCAGGAUGCUCUGAAGUGCCAGCAGUGCCACAAACAGUUCAGGUCCAAGGCCGGCCUCAACUACCACACCAUGGCUGAACACAGCACCAAGCCCUCGGGGAGCGAAGGCCAGACGGGCGACGAGCUUGAGGAGAGAGAAAGGCUGCGCCGAGUGCUCAAACAGAUGGGACGAAUCAAGUGUUCUAGUGAGGGCUGCUCAGCCCACUUUUCCAGCCUGAUGGGCUACCAGUAUCACCAGAAACGUUGUGGAAGCGAGUUCUCUGACGAUCAGAAGCCUGUGUUUCUGUGCCAGCACUGUGGAAAAACCUACCGCUCCAAGGCUGGCAGAGACUACCAUGUGCGCACCGAUCACUCCUCGGCCAUCACCACCACCAACAAUAACGGCAAGGACUUUAUCACUGACACCAACAACAACACCGGGAAAGAUAAGGUUGUCUCUGAGGAGUCUCCAUCAUUAGGCCACAAGGAGCCAAGUCCACUUGAGAAAGCACCAUCGGGCCACUCUAAGGAGAAGGAAAGAGAAGCCAGGGAAAAGGAGAAGGCGAGGGAGCAAGUCAAAGAAAAGGUAGCACAGACUGCGAGCCAGGGGGAUGACUUCGACCGGACGCCCAGCGGCAGAGUGAGGCGCCGCUCUGCUCAGGUGGCCGUGUUCCACCUGCAGGAGAUAGCAGAGGACGAGCUGGCCAAAGACUGGGGCACCAAGCGCCGCAUCAAGGACGACCUGGUGCCUGACAGCAAGAGGUUAAAUUACACCCGUCCUGGCCUCCCAAACUUCAGCCACGAGCUAUUAGAGACGUGGAAGAACCAAGUCAAGGAGAAGGGCUUCAUCUGCUGUCCCAAUGAGAACUGUGAAGCUGUCUAUUCCAGUGUAUCGGGACUAAAAGCUCACCUUGCCAACUGCAGCCAGGGAGGUGGAGAACUGGGAAAGUACACCUGUCUGAUCUGUCAGAAGGAGUUUAGCUCAGAGAGUGGUGUGAAGUACCAUAUCAGCAAGACACACUCACAGAACUGGUUUCGUGCAGCAGUCAGUCAGGUGGUCUCUACUACCAAGAGUAAAGCGCCAGAGGACAAUGGGAUCAAGGCUGAGGUGAGGAACGGUGCCACGGCUGGUAAGAAGAGGGGCCGCAAGCCCAAAGAGCGCCCCCCUGUGGUUGCACUUCUCCAAACAAAAACUGAAGCUCCUACUAUUUCUCAAAACUCAACCCCUGCUGUGACCCCUUCACAGUCCCCCUCCCCGCUCCCCGACCCAUCGGACAGUGCUGCCCCAGGCCAAAACAGACAGCCCCUCCCCUCCAGCGCCAGACGAAGCAAACCGUAAAGGCUGUUAUUGUCAGAGUAGCUCUGCUUUUGUCCCCCCAGGAGCCAGAGAGGAGUCUCGCUGUAAAUGUUGUGCCAGGAAGCUAAGAGACCUUUCUAACUCCACAAGGACUUGGCACUGAGAAGAAAGUAAAAUCAACCCUUAAGAAGUAAAACAUUUAGUACAGACUUUUUGAAAUCCCAGCGUAAAUGUGUCUGCUGUUAUAAACAAUGCUCAUGUAACAGUGGGGUUUUAAUUCUCCAUUCCACUUUUGUCUCCUUUUGAAUACACAUAUUUCUGUUUCUGUACUCACAGCAGGUGUCAGUAGUAUUUCAAGAUAAAAUCCUGACUACUACAUGGUUAGCAUUUUCUAAACAGAGGUAGUAUUCCAAACAGAGGCAGAGUAAUUCUCUCUACAAUAUCAAUGUUGUGUUUGAGAGGUUUUAAAAAGGAUAUUCUAUUAGCAUGGUGAAGUCAUUUAAUGAUAGCUAGUGUUUUCACAUUUUUUCCACAGAUAUACUGUACUGUGUACAUAAACAAUAUCUAUAUCUAUAUAUCUAUAUACUCAAAGCAAUGAUGCCAUCUGUCAUUCUAAAGCCUGACACGUCCAAGUAGAUCAUGAGCAGUCAGAAUCUAUUGCAGUGUGUGCUGUAGUGCAAUGUUGCUUUUACAUUUGUUUUUUCCUUUCUUGUUUCUUCGUUUUUUUACUUUUUAUUAUUCAAGUAAGCAAAUGUCUCAUAAGCUAAAAUAUUGGUCAGUUGUUUAUCAUUUCACUUCAGUGAUAUUUACUUUUUGUUUUAUCUGAUUUUAGAACAUUAUGGUGAAAGGUAUCUGCUUAGAGGACCAUAAUUAGGUGAUCAUUUCUAUACUUCUUUUACACUGAAAUUAAUUAGCAGAAUAACCCAAAAAAGUGAUUGUUUGAAAUUUUCCAUUAGAAACGUAUAUGUUAAUAAUUAAUAUGGCAUUGUUUAAUCGAUUUUAAACAAAAAAAAACUUGAAGCAUAUGUCUAAAAUAGGACUGGCAAAGCUUAAUGAUGGACAGAGGGAGGAACUUUGUGUGAAGCUUGUUGCACCAUUGCAGCACAAUCAAAUGAUGUGACACCAUUUUAAAGGAGGCCAUGUUUUGGCUACUGCUUUUUGCUUGAAUCAAAGAGCUGAGGAGUGAAUACAAAUAUCUUUUAUAGAGGUUGAGGGAAAUAAUCUUUUAUUAAACAGAACAUUUGCAAAUGAAGAUUCACUUUUAAUGAUGUAUAUGAAUUAGUUCCUGGAUGCUCAAAGUUAUUGCCUUGCACUUUAACCCUUAAACCCCUCUCGCUCCCGUCUUGUAUUUUUGCACUCCAGGAGUAUUCAACCUUAACCUAGUGGCUCUCAGGCACAGCAGCGGGGAUAUUUAACUCUGAUGAAAAAGCUACAGAAAACUACAUUUGUCUUUACAUGGGUAAUAAGCAGCAUGGUUAACUCUUUCUAGAUAGAACCUGUAAUCUAACACAACUGUAUAAUUAUAACUCACAACACAAAGCCAUAACAGGUCAUGGCUGCUUUACCGAUUAAAGUUAGUUUAGUUUAAGAUUAAAACAAUAAUAAUUAUGAAAUACAAAAUGUGUGCAAUCAAAGAAUAUGUUCACUGUAACAUCUCUAAAGUUAAUACUUGAAUCCACAGUUUUAUUAAAGAUUUGAACAAAUUAAAACUCCAUAUAUAUGUGAUUUAUAUUUGGAGUUUGUGUCCAUACAAAUAAUGCUUGUUAAAAAAAGACAGAUUGUAAAUCUAUUUUAUAUUCUCUUGUGUGUAUAACCCAUAUAGCAAUCUGACAGUUGUGAUGUGGGGAUAUUCUGGUAAGAUAACAAGGGUGCUUUACUUGCCACUCUACCUUAAGGACCUAAACUCAGUAAGUCCACUCAUCCAUCCUGCCACUCUCUCCUCACUGGCAAGUCAUCAGAAUGUUGCACCAACAAAUGUCAAUGUCAUCAUUUAAAUGGAGGACUGAUGUCGGCGGAACAUUUUCAAGAAACAUUGAAUUUGAAAUAAAUGUGUCCCAGGUGGUGUCAUCCCUACGCCGUGACCUUUUAUAUUGUAAAGCAAAGAUAGGAGCUGAAUUCCUCCACGAUUAAUCAACUGAUGGAGUUUGUUCAGGUGGGGAUGAUUAUGCAUGUGUCCGUCUCUGGUAAUGGGAUGGACCUUUAUCUUCUAUCCAGGUUCAGCAGACGGAGAGGAUAAGUUAGACAAGCACUGAUGGGUCUUUGGACCUUUUCGAUAUGAGUUAUCCUGACCUUGUGUGUGAGCGUGUGUGUGUGAGCGUGUGUGUAUUUGUACAAAACAGUUGGCACCUUUGUAAUGACUGGAUGUCGGAAAUGGUAACACUUUUUGUUGAGUUUAAUGCUGUGGCACAGAAUCAGUUCAUCAGCUGCUUGUUACUCGUGUCACAUUGACUGUGUUUACCUGACAAGCUUUGGUGUUGCAAUAUGAUAGUUAGGCACUGCUUUUAACAGUGGGUAUUUUAUAUUUUAUCUCACCCUUUACUAUCUGUCUUCCUAUGAUGUGGAAAACACAUAUCUAUCCCGCAGUGUAAGCUAACUGCAACAUCUUUAGAUAGUACAGCAAUACACCAUAUUUAGCUGGUUUUGUUGGCUUGCUGAUAUUUUGAUAUUGAUGUGUCUUCUCAAAAAUGUAUGGCUUUUUCACUUCCCCUACUUUUAUUUCUUUGCUUUUUAAAUAUUAUUAACUCUAAAAAAAAAAAGGGUGAAAAGAUUUGUAGACCACAAAGAACAUUGUAAGCCCAUGUGUCGGCAUACACUGUUAUUUUAUCCAUUUUGAUGAUGCACAUAAAUUGAUCUUUUUCAGUACACAUUGACAAACACAUUGAGCGAGUCCUUUAUUACUUGUUAUCUAUUCAAUAUGGGACAACAAGGCAUAUGUAUGUGUGUUUGUUUCUGUAUUUAGUGCACUUACUAUACAAUGAAAUAGGCUUGAAAUAGGAGUGUUGUUGGAGCUUUCUAGUUACCCUGACUGUGUGUGGUGUGACUUUUGUACCUGGGAAAACAGCAGGCUCAAGUGUCUUCCCUUUGUCAGCAAUGUUAUUUCAAAACCAAGGUUAAUCCCUAGACAUCCCAUUAGAAAGCCUGAGAAUUUUACCCUUUUAUUUUGACAACUCUGGUAUGUUUCUAUACAAUACAACCUUCUUCAAAAGCAGGAAAAGGCAUCCGCGCCUGUUGUCAGGGCCAUUGUGACAAAACUGUUGAGAGUUUUAAGAGAUGUCGUAGCUUAUAAAUGGUUAUGAUAUAAAGGUAACAAGUGAAAUGAGACUAAUGAUGUAUUAAAGAUUUCCAUAUCUGAAAUUGAGCUGUAUAGAUCCUAACAUAGGAGGCAUCAACACCUCCUUUGAGUCUGAACUGUUACAAUUUUUCUCCCAAACUUGUUGUAUUACCUGUGCAUUAAUAUCCCUCGACUGAUUAAUAAAGGUUUGUUGACUAAA